AUGGUCUCUUGCUCCAAUGUUGUACGGUCUCUUGUUAUUUGCUGCCUAUUGGGAUGUUUGGCCAGGAUAGGAGCCUUUUCAACGCAGCCACGAACUCCAACUGCUGGGGCUUCCUGCACGAGUUUCUCCUUUCAUGGGACUCUAUGGUGUAGCGCAUCGGAUAAAGCCGCUAGCAAUAUCGCUGGCGGUCCAAAAGAAAUUGUUGCGCGACGCAUACUUGUCACGGGGGAUGUCCAAGGUGGUUACCUUCGAGCUUGCAUCCUUAAUGAAGCAGGGAGAUUUCGGAGAUUGGUAGGAACCAUGUCGCCGCCGGAGGAGGGCGACAGCGCCGAAAUAUAUGUUGAAGGGAAAAGAAAAGUUGUGGACGGGUUCAUUCGAUGGUGCAAGAAGGCUGACAUCGGCCUUAGUCAAACGAUGAACGUGAUAGAAGUCUUAGAGGAGGAGCCAACGGGACUGUACGAUGCAUUUUACGUCAAGACCAAGUAACGGAAUAUCUGAAUAGCACAGCAGUGAACCGCUUUUGUGAGAAGUUGGCAGAGAUCUUUUGUUAAAAUUACCGGCGUCAUUUUUUAUGCCAGGGAACGCGGACACACUAAUCACGGUGUAAACGCCCCAGAGCUACGGGUAGAGUGCCGACUUGGGAAUUGCAGCUUUUCCUCAAUCGAUCACGAGGGGCGUCGCACUAGACUGUGCCCAGAUAGUAACCAUCGCAUUUUUAAUUAGUCAGG